AUGCCAUAUAUACGGUGUCUGGGGGACUGUAUCGGUCCCAUCAACCAAUUGCUCAACAUGUCCAUCUCCAUUUCGCUGCCCAACGGAAACAAGUACGAACAGCCCACGGGCAUUUUCAUCAACAACGAGUGGUCCGAGGCCUCCGACAAGGGUACCAUUCCCGUCUACAACCCGUCGACCGGCGACGAGGUGGUGCAGGUGGCGGCUGCUACUGCUGAGGACGUGGAUCGGGCAGUAGUUGCUGCUCGAAAGGCGUUCCAGAGCUGGCGAGAUGUCCCCGGUGAGGAGCGUGCCAAGUUGCUGGACAACUUCAUCAAUCUGGUGUCCAAGAACCUCGACACGGUGGCUGCCAUCGAGGCUCUCGAUUCCGGCAAGCCUCUUCAGCUCAAUGCUCGGGGUGACAUCGCCGGCGGCCUGGCCGUCUACAAGUACUACGCAGGGUGGGCGGACAAGGUGUUUGGUAAGACCAUUGUCAACACCACCAAGAAGCUGGCGUACACUCUUCACGAGCCCCAUGGAGUGUGUGGUCAGAUCAUUCCCUGGAACUAUCCGUUUCUGAUGGCCGCGUGGAAGAUUGCGCCUGCAAUUGCGGCUGGCAACGUGGUGGUGAUGAAGCUCGCGGAAAACACCCCUCUGUCGAUGCUGUAUCUGUGCAAUCUGUUCAAGGAGGCCGGGUUCCCUCCCGGAGUGAUCAACAUCUUCACUGGCCACGGCGCCAAGGCUGGCUCGCGACUGGCUGAGCACCCGGAUGUCGACAAGAUUGCCUUCACCGGCUCCACCGCCACCGGCCGAAUCAUCAUGAAGCUGGCCGCUACCAACCUCAAGGCCAUCACUCUGGAAUGUGGAGGCAAGUCGCCCAUGAUUGUUCUGGGAGAUGCCGAUCUCGACCAGGCCACCAAAUGGGCCCAUGCCGGUAUUAUGACCAACCAGGGCCAGAUCUGCUGCGGUGUGUCGCGAGUGCUGGUUCACGAGUCCAUCUACGACCAGUUUGUCGACAAGUACGUCGAGGUGGUCAAGCAGCGGUCUCGAGUCGGAGACAUGUUCCAGGACAAGAUUCUCCAAGGCCCCCAGGUCUCCAAGGUCCAGCAGGAGAAGGUGCUUGGCUACAUUGAGAAGGGCAAGGAGGAGGGCGCCAAGCUGGUCUACUCUGGCGCUGUGGCUGCCGAGGCGCUCGAAAAGGGCUACUUUGUGCCCCCCACUGUGUUUGCUGACGUCAGAGACGACAUGGUGAUUUCUCGAGAGGAGAUUUUCGGACCUGUGGUUGCCAUCGCCAAGUUCUCCGACGUGGAAGACGCCAUCAACCGAGCCAACGACUCCGAGUACGGUUUGGCCGCGUCCGUCUACACCAAGGACCUGACCGAGGCCCACCGAAUCUCCCGACGGCUCGAAAGUGGCCAGGUGUUCAUCAACAUGGCCCAUAUGGGCGACUACCGAAUGCCUUUUGGAGGAUACAAACAGAGUGGAAUUGGACGAGAGUUGGGCGAGUAUGGUCUCGAUACUUAUACUCAGUGCAAGGCGGUGCAUAUUAACAUGGGUAUGAAGUUGUAG